CUGUGGCUGCUCGCACGCAGCAGUUCGAGGAUACGCGUGGACCACGACCAAAAAUACACAAAAUACAAAUAUACAAAAAUACUGACAGAGACGGGUAAACGAGCUUGUUGAAACAUGUCAGAGUAAGUAAGCCAAAUGCAUUUGAUGUUGCUACCGCGAUGAGAGAAGAAAAGCUGGAAAUGACAGCGCAAUCGAUUCCAAAAAGUUGAGACCCGACAAAACGACACAAGCCAAAAAGCUGUCCACCAAUAUGACAUGUUUUACGCGCGUCGGAGUAACCUGUAGUCUGCUCUUCUUCCUACUGGGCGCCCAGCUACAAUUGAUUCGAUGUAUUCGAAAAGAUGUACUAGCUGGCCGUCUUGAGAAUGUUACGCAAACUAUAUCGAACAUACUCCAAGGCUAUGAUAUUCGACUUAGGCCCAAUUUUGGCGGAGAGCCUCUACAUGUCGGCAUGGAUUUGACCAUAGCCAGCUUUGAUGCCAUAUCAGAAGUUAACAUGGAUUAUACGAUAACGAUGUAUUUAAAUCAGUACUGGCGCGAUGAGCGUUUGGCAUUUAAUAUCUUUGGACAAUAUUUCGAUGGCGAUGAGAAUGACGAUGGGAUUAGUGACGUAUUAACAUUAUCAGGAGAUUUUGCGGAAAAGAUAUGGGUACCAGAUACAUUUUUCGCUAAUGAUAAAAACAGUUUUCUGCACGAUGUCACUGAGAGAAAUAAACUGGUGCGCCUUGGAGGCGAUGGAGCUGUUACAUAUGGCAUGAGAUUUACCACCACCCUCGCUUGCAUGAUGGAUCUCCACUACUACCCACUGGAUUCCCAGAAUUGCACCGUGGAAAUUGAGAGCUAUGGAUACACAGUCAGCGAUGUGGUCAUGUACUGGAAGCCAACGCCUGUUCGCGGAGUGGAAGAUGCGGAAUUGCCGCAGUUUACCAUUAUUGGAUAUGAAACCAACGAUCGGAAGGAACGGCUGGCCACUGGAGUUUAUCAGAGACUUUCGCUUUCGUUUAAAUUGCAACGAAAUAUUGGAUAUUUUGUUUUCCAAACCUACCUGCCCAGCAUUCUGAUUGUAAUGCUGUCGUGGGUCUCGUUUUGGAUCAACCACGAGGCGACAAGUGCCCGGGUUGCUUUAGGGAUCACAACGGUCCUCACCAUGACCACAAUUAGCACGGGUGUUCGCAGCUCACUGCCUCGUAUAUCGUAUGUGAAGGCAAUCGACAUUUAUCUGGUCAUGUGCUUCGUUUUUGUAUUUGCAGCCCUCCUUGAAUACGCUGCCGUUAACUAUACUUACUGGGGUAAAAGGGCUAAAAAGAAAAUCAAAAAGGUCAAAGAAUGUUGUCCAGGAAAGAUUGGAAAGAGUGAAAGAUCCGAAACGUGUUCAACGACAGAGGACAUUAUCGAGCUACAGGACGUCCGAAUGAGUCCUAUUCCUUCUCUAAGAAGAGGUACAUACAACGCCACCCUCGACUCCAUCGGCACCGAGACCAUGAAUUUAGGAAAGUUUCCGCCAAGUUUUCGAAUAACUCGUAAUUACGGCACCGGACAUAGUCAGCUUAGGCGUCGAGCACAGAGGGGAAUCUCAGCCCGCCCACGCAUGUUGCAUGCACUGAAACGAGGUGCCUCUGCUAUUAAGGCCACUAUACCGAAGAUCAAGGAUGUCAAUAUUAUUGACAAAUACUCCCGAAUGAUAUUCCCGAUCAGUUUCCUUGCGUUUAAUCUUGGCUAUUGGCUGUUUUAUAUUCUGGAAUGAUAUGUAUAAACGAGUAAUUAAUUCCCCUCUAGCAACAGAACCAUGAGAUCCAAAUACAACUUUUUAUAACCUCCAUAAUAAAGAUUGACUUCGCCAUAA